GGCACCGCGGCGGUACGUUGCGUUAGAUCGGGCGGGAUUGACUCAUUAGUUGCGAGGCCCCUUGGGUCGGUUGUCGCGGAUGUGUCGGUUAGUUUAGCUUAGAACGUUGCCGAGUGCAGUCCGGUGCUGACUCGCGUCGGGAGUGAAGAAGUCCAGUCAGGUUGGCUCUAGUAGAGCAGUGGAACCAGUCAGUGUCAAAGAGCUGCUAAUCCUUCGGCUUUUGGUGGUGGACUUUUGGUGGGGGAAAGCCAGUGUUUCCUGUUUGACCUGCCGCAAUUUCCGGGGCGGAUAGGUCACAACGCGGGUGUUUCGGUCGAACGGUUCCUAGGGACCACGCUGCGGAUUGGCAUCCUCAUUCCGGUGUUUCAAUUCCGGUUGCAGUUUACGUUUCUAUUAAUGGAUUUCCAGUGGUGAACAAGUGACGACAAAAAAUCGGAUAAAAUGAAUAAAUUUUAUGCGAUUUUUAUGCUAAUCAUUCUGAUCGCCCUCACAGUUGAGCCGGGUCAUGGUAUCAAGUGCUACAACUGUGAUUCGACCAGCAACCAGGACUGCACGGAGAUAACGAAAAACAGCGGAAUCGUCGCGGAGACGUGCACACCCAGCAUAAUGGCUUCGACGACGGGCAAUUGGCUGGCGGAUUUGACCCGGAUUGAAUACUUUGGCGGAGCGGAGAUUACGGUCCCGAUGGUAUGUCAGAAGAUUGUGGCAACCAAUGAAAAUGGCGACACCAUGACCUACCGUGGCUGCCAGCUGGACGGAGGCAAAACGGACCCCUGCCAGAUCGCCUUCGGCAAGGCAAAACUACAGCGAGGGGUCAGCAUCGAGCACUGUUCGAUCUGCAAAGAUGACGAAUGCAACGGGGCCUUCAGCACGAUCCGGGGAAGUCGCACAGCUGCCGUGGCCUUUGCCAGCUUGCUGAUCGUGGCGAUCGCCAAUAGAGUACUACUUUAAGGUUGUGUACGAAGCUUGUGGUAGAAAAACGAUUCAUGUUUCAACUACGCUAGAGAAUAGAUCGGUUUUUAUAUGACAUACAAUGAUAUUCACGUUUAGCGAACACAUAAUGAAUAGAAGUUGCAAACAGCUAGGAAACACUUGCAGUGUAAAUAACCUACUCCUAGAGUGUAGAUUUGCUUGAUAUUAUUAACUUGACCGGUAUGGUCAUUGCAACGUUCAUGAAUGUCUUUAGAAUUUCAAUACUAUUUUAAGAAAACAAACAAGCAUCACUGGUGAAAAUUUUACGAUAAGCAAGCCCAACUUAGAAUUAAGCACGAUCUUUUGAUUACGAAUAACGAAGGCACAUCGUAAACACGUCACGUAUAUAAUGAAAUAUAUUUGAUUACCCGAUAUAAAUAAUAUAUUCACGCAUAUGCCUUCAUUGUAAACCCGCAAGGAGAUUUGUACAAUUGUUUUUUAAGUUAAAAAAAAAACUCGUUCGGUACAUGAUGUCAACUGCAAGCACACACAGAUGCUAAAAUGGUGAUUUGAAAACGCUACAUCAGUAUAAAUAAACCCCAUCUAGCGUUAGUCAUAAUACUGUUUGUAUCAUACGAAUAACCACUGAAUAAAUUUAACUAAACUAUACUAUAAGAUAACUUAUCUAGAGCGCUCGAGAUCUGUAGACAACAGUAAACAGAAAAAAAAACAAUCGCAGACCCAUAUCUCACGAUCAGCGUCAAUGUCAAACUAUAAAUCAACAUCUCAAAUCAAAAUAUUCUACAAAUCAAUUUAUUUCGUCUUUGCACCUACAGUUAACUUUGUUCCUGCUAUUGAAUUAAUAGUUAAAAACAAAACCCAGAGUCAAGUAUCUACUGAUAACCUCUAAUCAAAACCGUUUCUCAUUCAAUUUUUCUCAUAUUUGCACUAAAAAGGAUUUCUAGACUCAAGCAACCACAAUAGACGAUAAGCGUUUGUUUGAAUGCUGCACUUUUUCUUGGCAUUUCCAACCAAUCAGCAACAAAACACAACUUGAUAACUACUAAUUAACAAUACAUAUGCAAUAUAAGCGAUAGUAACAUUCGACAAAUAAUGGAAUAAUGGUUAGUGAACGUAGAACGAAGCAGACGAGUAGGCAAUAUAAAGUAAAGUGAGCGAAUAAGAAAGAUAACUUUGUUAUAGAACUAACCGAGGUGUGAAGCAUUGGGCAAAGAUUACGUCACAUGCGGAUCGACGAAAGGAUUUGUUUUUCCUAAACUAGCAAUAUAAAUAAAUCAAAAGCUGUAACAAUCCCCAGAUAACAACACAAAACCGUUAAAAAUAAUAAAAAACGAACCAAUUCCCCUCAGAAAGCGGCCCGACAGAGAAACCAGUUGUCGUAACACGACAGCGACAGCGACAGUCAAAAGUCGGCAGGCAGUACUGUGAAAAUGAUCAGCAGAAAUAAAUACACUGCAUAUUCGCAAAAGGGUAAGACCAUUACAAUAACAACAAAAACAACAACCGAAAAAGCACACCAAAUCACGGCCUGCGUUUUUGAUUCAUUGAUACCUUAUCACACGGCCCGGGGGCUCUAACCACCGCACCGCCCCGAUUUCCGACCGAUUGAUUUGAUUUGUGCGCUACCUGUGCUUGGAGCUGCCCAGUUUUUGAGUCUGGCGUGGGUGGUGGGUGCGUUGCGUUAUAGGGUUGGGGCGUACGAUUUCUAGCUUACUUCAGAGUAAUUACGAUUGCACUACUGAUAGCUUUAUCGCCGGUCAACGAUAUGAACUCGUUAGGCAAUUUGCGAAACAUCUGUAGUAAUUAUCGGUCGAUUGAUU